CUUUUAUUGCUCCUAGCCAACCUAUCACAAUCAUGCUCAAAACCUUGACUAUGACUACAUACUAAAGGCAAGUUACAGAACUCCACCUCAAUUUCAAAUGGCGGAUCAUCAUCUGGAUAAAGUUUGAUACGAUAAGGAUAUUCAUAAUCUUUUUAAUAUUGACCCUUAAUAUAGCAUUUGGUUUCACAUGAUUCUGUAAAAUGAAUGCAUGUUUUGGUGUGUUGUGGGAGGGAAGCAGGUGGUGCCAAAUUCGGAGCAAGAACCUGACCACUAAUAUCGGCGUAAUCGGAUCAGUAGGACAAACUAAUAUCGUCUCCCUCGCAGCUGCGCCAAUUCUACCGUCGAUAAUGGCGAGGUAAUUUGUGGGUGCUCGAGUUAGUGAGCUUCUUCGUUAACCAGAUAUCCGAAAAAUGGGGAGCGCCUCGUCUAUGCUAACUCAAUAUGAUAUAGAAGAAGUUCAGGAGCAUUGUCACAACCUCUUCUCCCAACAAGAAAUAGUGUCAUUGUAUCAAAGAUUCUGCCAACUGGAUCGCAAUGCGAAAGGAUUUAUCUCGGCGGAUGAAUUCUUAUCGGUGCCUGAGUUUGCCAUGAAUCCACUUUCUCAGCGCCUGCUCAAAAUGGUGGACGGCUUGAAUUUUAAGGACUUCGUAGCUUUCUUAUCCGCAUUUAGUUCGAAAGCAACUACAGAACAGAAAAUAGCUUUGAUUUUCAAAGUAUAUGACUCGGAUGGAAAUGGAAAAGUCUCUUUCAACGACAUACUAAACGUGCUUCGUGAUUUAUCUGGUUCAUUCAUAUCAGAUGAGCAAAGAGAGCAAGUCCUGACUCAAGUUCUAAAAGAGGCAGGUUACACAAAGGAAUGUUACCUCUUGCUAGAUGACUUCAUUAAGGUAUUUGGGAAUUCAGGCUUAAAAAUGGAGGUUGAGGUUCCAGUUGAUUAAGCGAGAAGUGAGCUCACCAUUCUAACUCGUCGCUCCCGGGACCAAACAAGAUCCCGUGGUUUAUCUGUAGAUUGGAAGGAAAGGCCACACAGUUCUUUUUUUCGCUUGUGUUUAUAGAUAUAGACAGCAAAUGAAAGUACACAAAUAAAUGCUCUUAGCUUCUUCCUCCUCUUUUCUGUGUACAGUCUUCCCUUUAUUCUUUUACCAUCUGUACUAUUCAAGUUAGCCGAAGUUUUGGAUUUUGGCAGUAAAUUGAAUCAAGGAAUGUAACUUGUCAGGUUUAUUGACUGACAAAUUGACAGUAUGACUUUGAGUAAUAAUAAUAUUAAUAACAUUUAUUGAUCA